UAACACUUUGCAAUGCGCAUGUAAAGAAUGUUGUAAUCAGCUGAUAUUAUCGUAAAUAACUCGUUUAACCUUCAUUCAACAGUAACGAAGAAAACGUUAAAGAUGAACUUCGCCGGAAAAGUGGUUUUGAUAACCGGCGCCAGUUCCGGAAUUGGGGCUGCAACGGCGAAGCACUUCGCUAAAUUGGGAGGAAGUUUAGCGUUGGCUGGAAGGAAUAAAGAGAACCUGAGCAAAAUAGCAGCAGAAUGCAACGCGAAAGAUCACAUCGAGCUGACCGGAGAGUUGACCAACGAGAAUGACACUAAAGCAAUCUUAGAAAAGACCAUCGAGCGUUUCGGAAGAUUAGACGUGCUGGUGAACAAUGCAGGAAUCAUUGAAACCGGAAGCAUAGAAACCACCACCCUCGAGCAAUACGAUCGUUUGAUGAACAUCAACGUGCGUUCGAUCUUCCAUUUGACCAGUCUUGCUGUUCCACAUCUCAUCAAAACCGAGGGUAACGUCGUCAAUGUAUCCAGCGUUAAUGGAAUCAGAUCAUUCCCAGGAGUCUUGACUUACUGUGUAUCGAAAGCGGCCGUCGAUCAGUUCACCAGAUGCACAGCUCUCGAAUUGGCCACGAAGAACGUUCGAGUCAAUUGCGUUAAUCCCGGGGUAACGGUGACCAAUCUUCACAAGAGAGGAGGAAUGGGCGAAGAGCAAUACAAGGAAUUCCUGAAGAGGACGAAAGACACGCAUGCCAUGGGACGACCCGGACAACCGGAAGAAGUCGCCAAUGCAAUCGUUUUCUUGGCUAGUCAACACGCUAGCUUUAUAACCGGAGUUUCCGUUCCUGUCGAUGGUGGCCGCCACGCCAUGUGCCCCAGAUGAAGAAACAACUUUUGAAAUAAUUUCAUACGCUUUUCUUACAUUUUAUACAAUACAUAUCAAAUAAAACGCAGCUUUAAACACUUUA